GGCAAGAGGCACUCCGAGGAGAAGAGUGGGGGUUUCAUCGCGGCCUAUCGAUAAGGAGAUGGUGGGGCACGUCAUAGCUCAUGGCCGAGGCCGGCGACCCUUUGGCCGACACUUGUGCUCCAACAAACACACCGAGUAAUCAACCAUCUGCUCACUUCCUUCACAAUCUCACUCACGGAAUCAUGGCCAAGUUACUCAAGAAGCCUCUGAAGCUUGCCUGUGUCCAGCUGUCUACCGGCGCCGACAAAGCAGCCAACCUCGCUCGCGCAAGAUCAAAGGUCCUCGAAGCCACCUCGAAAGGCGCCAAUGUCGUCGUCCUACCCGAAUGCUUCAACUCGCCCUACGGCACAAAAUACUUUCCCAAAUACGCAGAAACCCUCCAACCCUCUCCACCUACUGAAGCCCAAUCGCCAACCUUCCACGCUCUCUCCGCCCUUGCAAAGGAGAGCAAGGCAUACUUGAUCGGUGGCAGUAUCCCGGAAUACUUGGCUGACACGGAUAAACACUACAACACAAGUCUCAUCUUCGGUCCGGAUGGUAAUCUACUGGCCACGCAUAGAAAGGUUCAUCUCUUCGACAUUGAUAUUCCUGGCAAGAUCAGAUUCCAAGAGAGCGAGAUUUUGAGUCCCGGAAACAAGGUAACUCUGGUUGACCUGCCAGAGUAUGGAAAGAUUGCAGUCGCCAUCUGCUACGACAUCCGCUUCCCUGAACUCGCAAUGAUCGCAGCCAGACAGGGUGCUUUCUUGCUACUCUAUCCCGGUGCUUUUAACCUCACGACUGGUGAGUUGCACUGGAAACUUCAAGCACGUGCCAGAGCCAUGGACAAUCAGGUCUACGUGGGUCUGUGUUCGCCGGCUAGAGACAUGACGGCCGACUACAAUGCUUGGGGUCACAGCUUGAUCGUCAAUCCCAAUGCUCAGGUCCUGGGCGAACUGGAUGAAAAGGAGGAUAUUGUUUAUGCUGAUCUGGAUGGAGAUACGAUCGAGCAGACGAGAAAGGGAAUCCCUAUCUACACACAGCGGAGAUUCGAUGUUUACCCUGAUGUCAGCCAGGGUGAUGUCAAGUUCACAGAGUAAAUCACAAAAUACAUAUUACUUGACAGCUGUUUCGUUAUUGGUGACAUUAGAGACAAACGCGAAUUUCGAUUGUGAGAGUAUCAGAAGAUAUUCGUCAUCAUUUUACAACCUGCGUCGCGCUUGCCUGCUGACAUGUCUACACACAUGGCCUCGGCUCUUUCAGACUUUGCGUGCUAACUUCCUCGAAUGACACUGGACUUUUGAAGGACGCUUCGUUCUCGCCUCAACCCAAUUCCGCCUUUAUCCUUUCAAACUGGAUAUCCCUUUGGAAGACAGGUGUCGAGUUUCCCAGCCAGAGACAUGAUAUCUCGUGACCAACCAAUCUACGCCGAAUGAGGUUGUCUUCUCGGUGACGCCCUUCUCCUGUGCAAAGUAAG